AUGGUUGAAGACGCAGUGGAUACACACGAGGACAAGAAGCUCAAGGUGGAGGAGUCCGCCACCCCGACUUCCCAGACCGAGGAACACGCUCACACAGAUAAAGUUAUAGAAGAGGAGAAGUCCGAAAGUAAAGUAUCAGAAGAUAAAGAAGGUAAAGAGGAAGGUAAAGAGGAAAGUAAAGAAGCAGAAGCAGCAGAAGAUAAAUCAGAAGAUAAAUCAGAGGAUGCCGCUGAAACCAAGAAUGUUGUCGACACUUCUAACAUGACUCCUGCACCUGCUCCUCCACAGGAGCCCGAUAUGGACAACUUGCCAGCUAACCCUAUACCACAGCACCAGCAGAAGCACGCUCUGAUGGCUAUCAAGGCUGUCAAGAGGUUGAAAGACGCAAGACCGUUCCUGCAGCCAGUCGACCCUGUUGCCCUGAACAUCCCCUUAUACUUCAACUUCAUCAAGAGACCAAUGGACCUGCAGACCAUAGAACGCAAGCUGAACGCCAACGCUUACGAAACACCCGAGCAGAUCACCGAGGAUUUCAACCUGAUGGUAGAGAACAGUGCAAAGUUCAACGGGCCCACAGCAGUCAUAACACAGAUGGGUAGAAACAUCCAGGCCGCUUUCGAGAAGCACAUGCUUAACAUGCCUGCAAAGGAUCUGCCACAGAGAGACCCUCUGCCAGGUACUAAAGCUACCACAGGCCGUGGCAAGAAGAAAACCACCGACAGCGACACCCCAGUGGUCAUCAGAAGAGCACAAACACACAACGGCAGGCCAAAGAGAGAAAUUCACCCUCCAAAGUCUAAGGACAUAUACCCUUACGAGAUGAACAGUAAGCCAAAGUCGAAGUCCUUGCAACGCGCUAUGAAGUUCUGCCAAGGCGUGGUCAGAGAGUUGAUGAGCAAGAAGUACGCCUCGUUCAACUACCCAUUCUUGGAGCCAGUUGACCCUGUCGCAUUGAACUGCCCAACAUACUUCGACUACGUCAAAGAACCUAUGGACCUGGGUACCGUCUCCAAGAAGUUGAGCAACUGGGAGUAUGAGAACUUAGACCAGGCUGAACAUGACAUACGGCUGAUCUUCCAAAACUGCUACGCAUUCAACCCUGAUGGAACCAUCGUCAACAUGAUGGGUCACAGAUUAGAGGAUAUCUUCAACACAAAAUGGGCCGACAGACCAUUGUACUCAGACGUCGAAUCCGAAGAGGCCGAGUCCGCUUACGACGACGAGGAGUCUGACGAAUCAGACGUAGAGAUCGAUGAGACCUCCAUCACUAACCCAGCUAUCCAGUACUUGGAAGACCAGCUGGAGAGAAUGAAAGUCGAAUUACAACAACUGAAGAAACAAGAAUUGGAAAAGAUUAGAAAAGAAAGAAGAUUGGCUCGUGGACCAAAGAAGACCCGUGGCCGUCGUGGUAGAAAGAAGGGCUCCACAAAGGCUAAAACAGGUAGAGGCAAGAAGAAGUUAAAGAGUGUGGUCACUUACGAUAUGAAGAAGAUCAUCACCGAAAACAUUAACGACUUGCCAACUGCUAAGCUUGAAAAAGUUAUUGAAAUCAUUAAGAAAUCUAUGCCAAAUAUCGGCGACGAUGAGGAAGUUGAACUGGAUUUAGAUACUUUGGAUAACAACACCAUUUUAACUCUUUACAAUACUUUCUUUAGGCAAUUCGAAGCUCCUGCCAAUGACAGUGGCAAUGACAACCAAUCUGUCUCUCCAACUAAUGGGCUUGGAAGACGUAAGAGAUCCAAGAAUUUAAGCAGAGAAGAACAAAGUAAACAGAUUGAAAAAAUUAGGAACAAGCUAGCUUUACUAGAUGGUGCAUCCCCAUUAAGUCAAAAUGGCUCUCCAGUCACACCAGCCUCUUUUGCUUCAAAUAUUCAGAAUGGAUACAGCUCAUCAUCAUCAGAUGAUGAUAGCAGCGAAAGUGAAGAAGAAUAG